AUGACAACAAACGCACGGAGAAUCUUGCUGCUACUUCUCGUUCACUGUUGCAGCACAUCACUAUACAUGAAUCCAAACAGUUACGUUCCUACGAAAGACCUUCACGUCAAAAGAUUCCUAUCAGUGCCAGAAGCAAAACCACCACACAUUCACGCACCACAAAAAGCCAUGGCAAAACAAUCCACGCCCCCGACGCCCUCUACCUCUCACUCGGGCCCCCAUCGCCUACCUCCAAUAACACCAGUCUCCAAACCCCCCGAGCCCAAAGCCCUCACUCCCUCCAACAAACUCCACACCUACAAACAAUGUCUCCGUCACGACAAUCUGGCCCGCAACACCGCGAUAGCCGCCUUCAAAGCAACAGACACCUACAUCUACCAAAUGUGUCAUUACAAGCGCUACACAAUGUUAGCCGCCAUCGCAGCCGAAGUGGAUGCGAAAAGAAUCGAAGCAGGAGAACAUGUGUCUUGUUUGUUUGAGAAAGUGGAGAUGACAGAGGCGCCGCUUUCUCCUGAGGAGGCGAUGGAGAAGUGGGUGGAUUUGAGGAAGGAGGUGCAGUCUAAGAGGUCGGGGUUGAGGGGUAGGGUUGAGCGGGAUAUCAGGAUGCUGCCCAAGAAGGAAGUUGCUGCGGUCAAGAGCCUGAAAGAGCAGAAGGAAAGAGUCAAGGAGGAGCAGAACAAGAUGUCCGAGGGGUUUACUUCGAAGGGCAUUCCUCUUGUUAUGAUUGGCGAUGAUGAUGAUGAUGAUGAUGAUGAUGAUGAUUGA